AUGAUACUUCGCUCUCGGAGGUCUCUCGCUCGUCCGCCGACGGAGGCCGCCGCCACUCCGCGCAACCUCCGGCCGCGCUCCGCGGUGCGAACACGGGCAGCGAGCAAGAAAGAGGUGGUUCUGGAGCGCUCUUUGCAGUUCUCUGAUGAUGAGGACAAUCCUACCGCUGCCAAGUCUCCCAAAAUCCAGACGCGAACCAGGAGGAGGGCUGUGGCUUCAGAGAAGGGGGAAGAUGUGGACUUCAAGACUCCUGUUCGUGCCCGACACCCCAGGGUGCAUUUUCGGGAGGACUGUAACACUCUGUCCCCAAACCCUGCUGUUCGCAACCUCUACUCCCCUGUCAUUCACUACCUGACGCCCACAAAAGGGGCUGGUGUGAAAUCGCCGGGGUACGAGCUGAUGUGUCCUGAGGAGUGUGUGUUUGGCUAUCACUCCCUCAGCCCUCUGUCAGACGAAGAGACCAAUGAUGAAGUUUUCAACCCUUACACUUUCAUCAAGAACAUCCCGUCGCAUUCGCAGCAGUGCAGGCCGAGCGUGCGGGACAUCCCAGUGAAGACCCGCAGCACCCCUGCCGCCACGCUCGUUUUGGACCUGGACGAGACGCUAGUGUUCAGCUCACUCAGCGUAAUCGAGAACGCAGAAUACACCUUUCACACGUGCUUUCAAGAUCAUAAAUACAAAGUGUACGUCAUCCUGAGACCCCAUGUCAAAGAGUUUUUGCAAAGAAUGUCAAAGAGCUUUGAGAUGUUUGUUUAUACUUCUGCCAAGAAAGAAUAUGCAGAGAAGAUCUUGGACAUGUUGGACCCCCAGAAGAACAUGUUCAGACAUCGCCUGUAUCAGGAGGACUGUUUCUGUAUUCUUGGCCACUACGUUAAGGACCUGGGCUUGUUGGAAAGGGAUCUGGCCAAGACCGUGGUCCUAGACAACGCUCCACACACCUUCCCUUAUCACCUGAUGAAUGUGAUUCCCAUUCAGAGCUGGGUUGGAGAUAAGGAUGACAAGGAGCUGCUAAAGCUGAUCCCAUACCUGGAGAAACUUACUGAGGCGGAUGAUUUUCGGCAGUUACUGAAGAGGAGGACAGACCAUUUACACCGUCUGCUGUCUGAAGACUGAGGCGUAACCUUCCUUAACGACACGCCCGCAUCUGAAGACUGGGGCGUAGCCUUCCUUAACGACACGCCCGCAUCUGAAGACUGGGGCGUAGCCUUCCUUAACGACACGCCCACAUCUGACUGCGCAUGCAAAUGCACCCUGA